AUGGCCCCAUCCGCCAUCGAUGUUGACACGCCUAUUCGGUCCAAAGCGGAGCACAAGCAGCCGUUGAAGUUGUCCGGAGCUCUGGAACCCUUUGAGUCCUUUGAUGUCACGCCCGUCAUUGGUCGGGAGUUCCCAAAAGCCAAUCUCGUAGACUGGCUGGACGCAGAGAAUUCCGACGAGCUGCUCAGAGACCUCGCCAUCACUAUCUCGCAACGUGGGGUGGUAUUUUUCCGUGCUCAGGAUGGGCUCACCAAUGACCUCCAGAAAAAGCUUAUCCUGCGGCUCGGAGAACUGACUGGACGGCCGAAGACCUCUGGGCUUCACAUACACCCUAUCCUCAACGAGUCACGGGAGCUGGGUGGAAACGACAAGGAAAUCUCCACAAUCAGCUCUGUCCAGCACGGCAAGCUGUACAAACGGGAGACAGCGGAUCAGCUCAGCAUCAAGAAGCAGUACAGUGCCCAGUGGCAUUCCGACAUUGCCUUCGAGCCAGUGCCGGCUGAUUACACCUCACUGCGCUUAGUGGAGCUCCCCGAGACAGGUGGCGACACGCUCUGGGCCUCGGGCUAUGAGAUCUACGACCGCAUCAGCGAGCCAUACCAGAAGUUCCUGGAAGGGCUGACCGGGACCUUCGCCCAGCCAUACUUCAAGGAGGUCGCUGAGAAGAACGGGUUCGAGCUCUACGACAAGCCACGUGGCGCGCCGGAGAACGUCGGACUCGACCUCAAGGCAAUCCACCCAAUCGUGCGCACCAACCCGGUGACGGGUUGGAAGAGUAUCUUCCCCGUCGGAGGCCAUGUGAGGUACAUCAACGGCGUGACGCAGGAGGAGAGCGACCAUCUCCUGCAGUGGUUCCUUGACUUGGUCUACAAGAACCACGACCUGCAGGCUCGCUUGAAGUGGCAGAACAAGAAUGACAUCGCGAUCUGGGACAACCGCAGUGUUUUCCACACUGCAACAUUCGACUACAAUGGCCUCGGUGACCGAUUUGGCAAUCGAGCGGUUGGGCUCGGAGAGAGACCCUACCUUGACCCAGAGAGCUCUUCCCGGCGUGUGGCUUUAGGCAUCCCCUUUGUGCAGUAG